CAGUGAAUGGAAGAAGAUGGUUCUACAGAAUUAAGAGGAAAACAGGCGAGAAGAGACGGAAGACGUCGUGAUAACUAGAAUUACAUUUGAACACUGGAUUGAACGGUUCACUUUUUCAAAUAGGAAAGCAUGAGUCAGGAAAAUGUCAAUGUGGAGAAGAAGAAACAAUGGAACAUGUGAUUAUAUAUUGUCAAAAGUACGUUGAGGAAAAAUACAAAUUAUAUAUUUGGGGAAAAAACAAAAUAAGACUGGAAGUCGUAGAGAUACUGAAAAUGGCAAAAGUUGUCAAAUUCGCUAUAAUUUCUUGAAGGUGACAGGUUUGGCGAGCAGAAUAUGAGGACAAUUAUUACUAGGCCAUAUAUAGUUUUUUUAUUAUUAUUUUUUUCAUUACAUAUUUAUUUUUCGGGAAAUGUAUUUUGUACUGAAAAUGGAUGGACGGUUCGAAGGCACACCUGAGGCAGACUCCUUACCAGUAGGUGGCGGUAAUGCACGUAGAAGCUUCUUGCCAACAGUCACCAAACACUAAAAGAAGACGAAGAAGAAGAAAGUCGACGGACGAGCGAGGCGGGAGGAGGUUCGAUCGCGCUUCAGCAAGUUUUGCCGAGUUUGCACCGAAUGUUGGGAAUCCUCGACGCGGGACGCCGCUGAGCACGACUUUAGUGGACGAAAACAUCAUCCGCGCAAUCUUCGUGUCCGGUUGGAGUCGUCUCGUUCACGUUGAAGCUUCUCGGCCUAGCUUAGCUCAUCUUAGCUUGCUAACAAAGAGACACAGUCGAGAGCAACACUUCGCUAAGCAGAGAUCAAGCGUGAGGUAAAGUCUUCUUCUUUCCGCCACCGACUAGGAAGGAGUGUCCCCACAAUAUCUAACAAUAACACUUCAAUAUGGUUUAUAAAAAAAAAAACGAGAUUCGGCUUUAUUUGCGAGAUACUGAAAUAAUAUUCUGUAACAAUUCUUUUCUGCAUCGCUCUUAUCUUAAUCUGGAUUCUGAAUCCUGAAAUUGUAGACUAAAUGUCCAAUAAACAAUCCAUCGAUCAUGUUUCAGGACAAUUUUUCUCUCUCUAUGUCUUCUUUCAGUGUCAUUUCUCACAAUGCCAAAUGACAUAUUCUACUGUUUCCUCUUGUUGACAAUAAUCCCAUCUCCCACUUCGGUGGUGCGUUGCCAUUUGAACUAACGUACCGUUUUAGCCUUUCCUGCUGCGGUCACCUGACCGUGGUCGCCGGACGCCUUCUCCGGGGGCUGAGGCUGUCCUCCUCGGGGUUAACGCCCUUCUGUCGCACCGAUUUGCCGCUGGCAUGGCUUUAUUUGCCCCCUCUGCACAUUCGCCGUCAACGGGUCCUCCUCUCAUCGUUACUCCCCCCUGCUCACCGUCACUGCACUUGCCACUGUCCACGCAAGCACCUCGCGCGCUCCUUCUUCCUCACAGCCACGCCCCGCGACGCCUGCGCACUUCCGUCUCACUCACACAGCGACGCACAUGCCCGCACACGCUGAACUUGCCGUCACAAUCACAUUGGACAAUACUCAUAACGAGCGGAAAGUGUUGUGAUCGUCGUGUGAAAAUGUGCGCGAGAAGGGCGGCACCGUACCAGGAGGAGCUUUGUGGACCAAAAGGCGGGAAGAAGCCACGUCAACUACUGGACGCUGUGUUGAAUCUGCAGCCUCGAACUGUGCUACGCAGCGCAAACAUCACUGAAGAUCUUCGUACUGAGCGGCAGGAGGCAGAGCCCCCUCACAUUAAAGAGGAGGUGGAGACCAUUUUGAUUAAGAAAGAGGAGGAAGAAGCACGCCCCCACAUCAAACAGGAAGAGGAGCAGGAGGAUAUCACCAAGUUUCCAUCAACUGGUGUCCCUUUGAAGAGGGAAGAUGAAGGUCCAAGUGAAGAGAGCAGAGGGACGGAGCCUCCAAGCAGCAGCGCGAGUCAACACAUGACAACAGAAGGUGACGGAGACCACUGUGGAGGAUCACAAGCAGACGGACUCUUCGCUCCACUAUCAGAUAGUGACGACAUGACGUCACGUUCUCCUCACGCUGUUGAAGGUGAUGAUUGUCAAAAGUCUGAAGGUCAUAUGACAUGUCACACUGACAACAAACGAUGGAAAUGUUCUCAGUGUGGGAAAACAUUUGCUAAUAAAAGCAUUUUGAAGCAACACACAAGAACCCACACUGGUGAGAAACCUUUUUCCUGCACAGUUUGUGGUCAAAGAUUCACUCAGAAGGGAAACUUAAAAUUACACACAAUAACCCACACUGGUGAGAAACCUUUUUCCUGCUCAGUUUGUGGUCAAAGAUUCACUCAGAAGGGAAACUUAAAAUUACACACAAGAACACACACUGGUGAGAAACCUUUUUCCUGCUCCGUUUGCGGCCAAAGGUUCUCUGCGAAGGGACACUUACAAAUACACAGAAGAACCCACACUGGUGAGAAACCUUUUUCCUGCUCAGUUUGUGGUCAAAGAUUCUCUGGGAAGGGACAUUUAAAAAUACACACAAGAACUCACACUGGUGAGAAACCUUUUUCCUGCUCUGUGUGUGGCCAAAGAUUCGCUCAUAAGGCAAACAUAAAAUUACACACAAGAACCCACACUGGUGAGAAACCUUUUUCCUGCUCAGUUUGCGGCCAAAGAUUCGCUCAUAAGGGAAACUUAAAAUUACACACAAGAACACACACUGGUGGGAAACCUUUUUCCUGCUCAGUUUGCGGUCAAAGAUUCACUCAGAAGGGAAACUUAGAAUUACACACAAUAACACACACCGGUGAGAAACCUUUUUCCUGCUCAGUUUGUGGUCAAAGAUUCUUUGAAAAGGGAAAGUUAAAAAUACACACGAGAACCCACACUGGUGAGAAACCUUUUUCUUGUUCAUAUUGUGGUCAAAGUUUCACUCAGAAGGGACAUUUAAAAAUACACACAAGAACCCACACUGGUGAGAAACCUUUUCCCUGCUCGGUUUGCGGCCAAAGAUUCACUCAGAAGGAACACUUAAAAAGACACACAAGAACCCACACUGGUGAGAAACCUUUUUCCUGCUCAGUUUGUGGCCAAAGAUUCUCUUAUACGUAUCAGGCUAAAGCACACGUGUGUUGGUGAGAGUAGCAGUGAUCAAGAAGCUUUUAACGCAAAUGUAAACGUUUAAAAAUGUAAUUACGAUGUUACUGACUUGCAAAAAUCGACAUUCUUGUAUAUUGUGUACCAGCUUUUAUUUUGUCUUCUUGUUGUCCAUCUGUUUUCUAAAAGCCUCCCAUGGGCAAAUGUUGAGAAUUAGCACUGUUUAGCUUCGUCCAUAUCACUUUAAUGAUGACAUCCGAAUAAAUUAGCAAUUUUUCAACACAUUACAGCAAGCUGUUUUUUUUGUUUGUUUUUGUCCUGAAAAGUUUUCAUUUUGAAGGUGAGGGGAUUCCCACCUGACAGCUACGAUAUAUAAAAUAUGUCUAAUUACUGCCACUUUAUGGUAUGAUACAUAUGUUUUCCCACACCAGCUAUGCUAGUGCUUUUCAGUUUUCGAUUUGGCCAAUGAAAAAGGAGCAUUUGAAAGGUAAUGAAUUAUUUCCCAGUUGCCCCAAAACCUACUGCUAUUAUGUGAAAUGACAGCCAGUUUCAUUUUCUUGAGCAAAGAAAUAUGUGAAAAUGAACUCACUCACUUCAUGAAAUAUGGACCAUGAAGACCCACACUUCGUUUGACCAAUGGUUUAGUGAUGCCAGUAUCAAAUCAUUGAAUGGUUGAUUGAAAUAAGACUGCAAAGAAACUUUGACUUUUCGUGGUAAACUGUAAAGUGUGUAUGUGAUCCAUAAUAAA